UUUGAGGUCAGCAAAAAAUGUCUGAAUUCAUUUCUAUGUUUUAUGGUCAAAUCUUAUAACCUUAUAAACCAUAUAAGUUAUUCAAAAGUGUGCAGCAUGAUUAUGGCAUACAUUGCUUAUAGUAUACAUUAUUUUUAAAGAGUAUAAGAGGCAGUAUCCAAAACCUUUGGUAUAUACUGAUAGCUAGAUUACAAAUGAUGCUGAGUCACAAAUAUUUACACACUCAAACUUGCAUUGAUGCGAUAGAGAAAGUAUUUUUCUAACAUGUUUAACUAAUGAUAAUAUUUAAACUUACAGAUAUGGUUUUACUGAUUAAGUAUAAAAGUUAUUUUUUAAGUCAUAUAAGUUGUUUUCUUAGCUUUAAAAUCUUUUUAAACACAGGUAGGAAGUAUCAUUUUAUUAAGUGUAGCAAUUUUAAUCUAUUAAAAGUACAUCGUUAGAAUAAAAUUCAUAAUAUUUUUUGAGUUUCUAUAGUUUAUCAUUUAUAUUAAAACACAUUUAUAUUAAAACACAUUACAACAUUUUGGUUUAAGUUAUUUAAUUUACAAGUUGUUAUAGUAACUAUUUAAAUAACUUGAUGCGUUGGAAAUAAGGUUGAUGCGCAGAAAAACAAGUUAAGUACUGUAAUCAAUGUUUGUAAGGUGUGCUUUCUACCACUACACCACUACUGCAUGUAAACUUGAAAUUAUCAAAUUUUUUAUUUAAAGUAUAUUAGUAAAAAUAUCUUCAGCUUAAAAAAUAUUGUUAUUUUUUGAGUGAAGAAAUUAAAUCAUUAAUAAAUUAUCAUUUUUUACAGCAUAUUUUUAGCUUUAUGUUAUAUAGUUUACUCUAGUAUUUUAACUAUUUCUACCCUAAAAACUCUGGUUAAUUGACUCAAAAAAGUCCAAUGAGUCCCUAUUUUUCGACCCCAUAAUCUGUAGUUCCAGAGUCCCUAAAAAUCAUUAGGACUUGACAUCUCAAUAUUAAAGAUAAGAAUGCUGAGAUCACAUUUAAUGUUUGUGGUUGCAUGACACUUGUGACACACUAUGAGUAUUUCAUGUCAUAAGUGUUUUCCAAAGAAGUUAUGUGGUAGUGGUGUAGUGGUAGAGCGCUCGCUUCAUAAGCAAGAGACAAAAAAAAAGUUUGUGUGUUUAUUUGGUUACCUACAUGAUGAAUUAUUACCCAUUGGGCAGGUGCGUUUUUUAAAUGUUUUUUUAAACAUUUUUAUUAGAUUUAAACUUAAAAAACGUCCUAAGAACAUUUAGAAAGCGUACCAUGCCCACUAGGUAUUUUUAUUAUUAGUGCACAUGAACUAAGUAUAUGACUAAUUGGGUGCACAGUGAAGUUAGCUGGAAGCAUUAAACUAUCCCAAGCAAACAUUAAGAUCUGAUUAUGCUUUUGUCAGCAUAUAACCUAAUAUUGUUAUUAAUAUUCUUUGAUUAUUCAAUUUUAUAGAUUUUGAUUCAUAUUUAUUAAAGCAAUGUAUAUUAUUAAAAGAAUUUUUUUUAAAGUUUAAAUUUUUUUGUUAGGUGUUUGGAUGCAAUGGAGUGAUUGGUCUAAAUGCAUACAAUCAUGUGGCACUAGUAAGAUGAACCGAUCACGUGUUUGUAAUACCAAGAAUAAUUUUUAUAAUUGUUCUGGAAAUAGCACUGAAAUGUCAACUUGUUUUAGCAAUGAAACUUGUGUGUCUUUUUGGGCACAAUGGAGUAAUUGGUCUGAAUGCACACCAUCGUGUGGCCAAAGUUUAAUGAUAAGGGGGCGUGUCUGUAAUGGUACAAAUUGUUUGGGCAACAGUACUGAAAAAUCUACUUGUUUCAGCAAUAUAACUUGUAUAGUUUUUUGGGCACAAUGGAGUAAAUGGUCUGAAUGCACACCAUCGUGUGGCAAAAGUGAAAUGAUACGAUGGGUGUUUGCAAUGGUACAAAUUGUUUGGGCAACAGUACUGAAAAAUCUACUUGUUUCAGCAAUAUAACUUGUGUGGAAGAAUGGUCAAUGUGGAGUGAUUGUUCCGCAACAUGUGGAGAAGGCAAUAAAACUAGUUAUGAAUUAAAAGCAACUGUUGCUAAAACAAGAGUGGAAUAUUGCAAUUUAUUUAAUUGCCCUGUGGAUGGAAUGUGGAGUAUUUGGUCCAACUCUGGGUGUUCAACAACUUGUGGUGAUGGAGUGAUAGUAUACAGUAGAGUUUGUGACAAUCCUAUUCCUGCAUAUUACGGUGAUGAUUGCAUGGGUAUCAGCAAUUAUACUGAAGAUUGUGAAAAUAAUAUAAAUUGUCUAGGCGUCAAUUUUUAUUAUUUAUACAUAUAGUAUUUAUAUAUAUAG